AGUAAAAGGAAAAGAAAACUAAUAUUUAUUAGUGCUAAGUUUGGUAUUUCUCUUUACCCAUGGAUAAAGUUGAUACAUUCCUAAGAUGGGCAGCUUUAUAGUAAAAGAAUACAAAGAAUGCAAUUUUAACUUUUUGGUAUUCUUUCACACCAGGCAAGGAAGAUACCUAAACCUCCCCCACCAUUUCGAAUUAAGAACCCAAGGUAGCUCUCUCGCCAAGCUCCCAAGUACCAAAUCAGAUAGAGCAUCAUAAACUUGAGAAACCUGGGCGAUUCUAGAAUGUUUUCUUCUGCAGGACUCUCUCCAUUUGUUCCCAAUGCCAAUGUCAAAGCUACUCAGAAGUGGAGGACGACGUACCAAUCUCUUGGUAUGGUGUGCUGCUAUCAUCUGCGCCAUCUUUGCCAUUGCAGUGAUAGUAACGGGAUUAGUUGUAUUCAUUGGCUACAUGAUCAUCGCACCAAGGGUUCCCUACAUCAGCGUCACCUAUGCCAAGCUGGACAGGCUAGACAGCUCCCAGGCAGAGAUACUGCAAAUCCAGAUGACCCUUGUCAUCAGAGCACAGAACGACAACGCCAAAGCCCAUGCCACCUACUCAGAUUUCAAUAUCUUACUCUCUUUCCAUGGAUUGGAAAUAGCGCAGCUAAGGAACAACCCUUUUGAUAUACCCAAGAACAGCUCUGCCGAUUUUGAAUAUGUUGCAGAGUCGACGCCAAUCCCACUAGACCCACAAGAGGAAGAAGAGGUCGGCCUGUCGCUGAGGCAGAAUAAGAUAACAUUCGACUUGAAAGGGAGUAUAAGGACUCGAUGGAAGGUAGGAGUACUUGGAUCUGUUAAGUUCUGGGGCCACUUAGAUUGCCAACUCCAGUUUUUCCUUAACAAUGGAAGCAGCAUAAACCCAGAUUGCACCACCAAGUCUCACUGAUUAUGUCAUUUCAUUCAAAUGUUCUAUUUUAUCUGCAAAUGUAAGCCAGAUUUAUUUAUUUUCCCCUUUCUUAUAUUAGUUCAUUUCAAUGUACUUGCUUCCAUCCAAUUUGAGAUUUGGGUUUAGGGAAGCAUAGUUCUAACAUUUAGUUGUAAAGAAGAGAAAAAUAGAGGAGAAUAAAAGACACCCUUUUUUUUUUU